UCCCCCGGGGGGGAUCUCAGCCCGGUGAGUGCCGCCUCGGGCAGGACGGGCGCCGGGAUGCCGCUGGGCUACCCAGCGGGGCAGCCGUCGGGCUACAGCGCGGCGUGCAGCCAGGCCCUGGACACUAGUGGGAGCUACCACUGCAGCAUGCGGGCCAUGAGCCUCUACAGCGGCGAGAGGCCGGGCCACAUGUGCGUGCCCCCCGCACCUCUGGAGGAGGGUCUGGCCGAGCAUCCCACCGGGGCCCCGUCGCCCCUCGGCACCCUCAGCCUGCCGUCGGGGCAGGAGGGUGCGCUGGGGACCGGGCAUCCCCACGGCGGCGGCGGCGGGGCGGCGGGGGGUCAGCCCGGUACCUCCUGGUACCUCAACCACGGGGCUGAGCUGAGCCACCUGCCCGGCCACACUUUCGGCUCUCAGCAGCAGACUUUUCCCAACGUCCGAGAAAUGUUCACCUCGCACCGGCUGGGG